CUUUCUCUCUCGGACGAAAUGGAAAUCAGAAAGCUCUCUCUCUCUCGCAUGGUGGAUUGUGGGGUCCUCUCUGUGCGCUGAAACAGUGAAGUUCUUCUUUUGCCUUGCCGUAAUCAUUUCCGGUGAUCUUCUCUAAAGCCCUGCGGAGAAGCUUGUGGGAUACCAGAGCUAUGAGCGAUAAUGUCGCUUUUCUUUAAAGACGCGGAUCCAGUGUUUCAAGGCGCCGGGACCAACGCUGGGCUGGAAAUCUGGUGUAUUGAGAGCCUCCGAGUAGUUCCUGUUCCAAAAUCUUCACAUGGGAAGUUUUACUCUGGAAGUGCUUACAUAGUUUUGAACACAACUGUGCCAAAAUGUGGAAUUCCCCGGCAUGAAGUGCAUUACUGGGUGGGAGAAAAUGCAAAUAAGGUUGAUUCAGCUUUGGCAUCAGACAAAGCACUGGAACUAGAUGCGGCUCUAGGUUCCUGUACUGUUCAAUACAGGGAAGUUGGUGGGCAAGAAACGGAGAAAUUUUUAUCAUAUUUUAAACCAUGUAUUAUUCCUUUAGAAGGAGUGUACUGCCCACAGCCUCAGCACCUCAAAGAUAAAACAUACAGAAUCAGACUUCUGACCUGCAAGGGAGACCGGGCUGUUCAUGUUAAGGAAGUUCCCUUUUCUCGGUCAUCAUUAAAUCACAACGAUGUAUUCAUCCUUGACACUGCAUCAAAAGUUUUUCUUUUUAGUGGAUGCUUUUCUACCAUACAAGAAAGGGCUAAAGCGUUGGAUGUUGCUCAGUAUAUUAAAGAGAAUAAUCAUAGUGGAAGCUGUGACUUAGUAACUAUAGAUGAUGGGAAAUUUGUGGGUGAUUCCGAUGUUGGAGAGUUUUGGAGCUUCUUUGGUGGUUAUGCACCCAUUCCUCGGGAUGUUCCUUCUGAUCAGAAAUCAACCGAUUCUUCUAUUAUACUAUUUUGGAUAAACACUCAAGGGAAAUUUUAUCAGAAAGGAUCUGAUGUUUUGAAUAAAGAGAUGCUUGAGACAGACAAAUGCUAUAUGCUGGAUUGUGAUUCACAGAUAUUUGUUUGGAUGGGGAAACAUACCUCAGUUACCGAACGCAAGACAUCCAUAGUAGCAGCAGAAGAUUUUGUUAGAAAGCAGGACAGGUCAACGGGGACUCACUUGACUUUCCUAACUGAAGGGUUAGAAACUGCUGCAUUUAAGGUCUGCUUUGAAGAUUGGCCCAAAACCGUGGAGCCAAAACUAUAUGAGGAAGGCCGAGGAAAAGUAGCAGCAAUUUUCAAGCAACAUGGCUAUGCUGUGAAGGAGAUUUCUGAACAAGACUUCAAGCCAUGCAUAAACAUGCAAGGCAGGAUCAAAGUUUGGCGGGUAGAUGGUGAUAGGAUUACCCUUCUUCCAGAGGCAGAACAGAGAAAACUUUUCACCGGGGAUUGCUAUAUCGUGCAAUAUACAUAUCCUGGAAGAGGUAGGGACGAGAAUAUACUUUAUUCCUGGCUGGGUCGAAGGAGUGUUAUGGAGGACAGAAGAGAAGCCAUAACCCAUUUGAACACCAUUGACAAUUUAACCAAAGGGGGUUCGGUUGUGGCUCAAGUAAUUCAGGAUAAGGAGCCAGAUCUAUUUUUCUUUAUUUUCGAGACAUUAAUUAUUUUUAAGGGAGGCAAGAGUACACAAUACAAACAGCAUCUAGAAGAGGAAGGUACUGACGAUAAUACAUAUGACGAAAGCAAAAAUGCACUUUUCCGAAUUCAAGGGACAGGCUUGAAUAAUAUGCAGGCAAUCCAAGUUGAUCUAGUUUCAGGUUCCCUAAAUUCAUCCUACUGUUACGUCCUUCAAACUGGAACAUGCAUCUUCGCUUGGAUUGGCAGUCUCUCUUCGACCAGAGACCAUGAAAUUCUAGACAGGAUGAUGGAAAGAAUAAAUCCAACAUGGCAACCCGUAUCAGUCAGGGAAGGGAGUGAACCUGAUUUAUUCUGGGAAGCACUUGGUGGAAAGUCAGAGUAUCAAAAGGGAAAAGAGGCCAAAGGACCCAUUGAAGAUCCACAAUUAUUUGUCUUGAACAUCAGUGAAGGUGAUUUCAAGGUCAAGGAGAUAUACAAUUUUGCCCAAGAUGAUCUAACUACUGAAGAUGUUUUGGUCCUUAAUUGCCACAAUGAGAUUUAUCUUUGGCUUGGCUGCCUCUCAAAUGUUGAGGGGAAGGAACAAGCAUUCGACCUCGCACAUAAAUUUCUGGAGAAACAUGCUUCGGAUGAAGGAAUUUCUCUUGAGACCCCCAUUUAUGUUGUCACUGAAGGUCAGGAGCCACCACUUUUCACCCAGUUUUUUCAGUGGGAUAUCUCAAAGGAAAAUAUGCACGGUAAUUCGUUUGAGAGAAAGCUUGCUGUUUUGAAAGGAAAAUUACAGAAUCUUGAUUCACCUGUAAGAAAAUCAUGGAGAUCACUCUCAAGGGAGACUACACCAGAUGGAUCAAGACGCAGUUCUUUAAGUCCCUAUCAGCACGACAGAAGUCUAUCUCCUGCCUUCAGAAGUUCAGGGCCGCAUUUAAAUUCUCCAAACAGAAAUCGAUUCUCCAGUUCAUCGCCAACUGUCAGAAAGCUUGAUUUGAUUUCUCCUAGAAGUGCUGGUAAGGGGAGGGAGCUUGAUUUGACUUCUCCUAGAAGUGCUGGUAAGGGUGGGGAGCUUGAUUUGACUUCUCCGAGAAGUGCUGGUAAGGGGAGGGAGCUUGAUUUGACUUCUCCUAGAAGUGCAGGUUUCGUGAGAACAGGAUCAUUAUCACCGCUUUCUAGUAAGAGUAGCGAUAUCUUUCAGAAUAAUGAGAAUGUGGAUGCUGAAAACCUAUCAACAUACCCUUAUGAACGGCUGACCGUGGCAUCCAAGGACCCAAUUAGGGACAUAGAUGUGACCAAACGAGAGGCAUAUUUAAGCGAAGAAGAGUUUGAAGGGAAAUUUGGGAUGCCAAAAACAGUAUUUUACAAGCUUGCAAAGUGGAAACAAAACAAGUUCAAGAUGACCCAUGAUCUUUUUUAAUGAAACUUGAAGUGAUAACUCUCUCAUGAUAUCCUUUUACCCUUCAUCACGGGUAGAUUCUCAUCUUUUACUUCUAAUCCACGUUUUUCCUUUUCAUUUAUAUUGCUAAUUGUUUCCUGUCAAUUAAUGUGGUUGCUGUUGAUCUCUUUGAUGCCUUGAUGCCUUGAUGCUGCUUCUUGUUAGUACUUCACCUUAAUGUCACGUUUGAAUCAAUUUGCAGUCUACUUGCAAAUGAUCAAAAUGAUGACUUCUGAUUAUUCUGAUGGUUUUUCAUUUGUAAAAUUUGUGUAUGGAAUCGAAAACUAUAUGCUCGUAAAAAUCACAUCAAUUGAAGAAUUCUGACUUGUCAUGACAGUAUGCAUUUUACAUCUUAAGCUCA